CGGCAUCGCGGACCCUCACGCUGUAAUCAUCGCGAGUUGCCCGUUUUCCCCCGCGGUGUGGGGCACAAUGCCCUCGCUCACCUGGAUUCUCACCUUGGCGCUGACCGAGCAGGGGCGGCGCGUGGGGAGCUCGUUCGCGGUGGGGUUAGAGGCAGGGGCCGCAGUGGCAGGAUCAGCGGCGCGCAGUGAGGCCGUUCACGGUUGCCGGCGAGAAGGCGCAGCACGGCCCGUGCGGCGGCGGCCGCUGACAGGGCGGCGUGGCGACCUUCCAGGAGCUGCCGGAGUCCUCCGGCCCCCUCCCUCCUUUCUCCGCCCUCCUUGCUCCAGGCCGCGGACAGGGCGGCAGGGCGGGGGAGCUCGCGCGGCACCGGCGGAGGUCUGCGCAGUGGCGGAGCGCGCGGCGGUGGCGGGCCUCCUCGAGAUCCGGCCACGCCGAGAGAGGGCGAGGCUCACCUGCUCGAGCUCCGACGUUCUCCUCGGUGAAGGCGCUGGCCCCUCUCUCCCCAUCCAGCGGCCUCCCCUGGCACCGGUGGCCUCAGGCUACCUGGCCGUCCGCGUCGUCGCCGCGUCUCUGCGGUUGCCACCACCACCUCCUCCUGCUCCCUCUUGGCGAGCUGCGGGCCCGCGCGCCGCCCCUGCUCCCUUUCGCCACUGGAUUUGCGACAUUGAAGGGAGGAGCUUCCUUGCUCCACGAGCAGUGGAGACCGGGAGCUCGACCGCCUCCCAUUUGCUCCCACCCGCGGCCUCGGCCCCUCCGCCUGCUUAUCUGCAGGUCCUGGUUGAAGGCCCUGAUGCCGUCAGCCUCGCGGCCGUGGUUGAAGGCCACAGCCACACCCUUACGGAUGGUCCCAUCCUCUCUUGUGCCAAGGGCCAUGGAGUCGCUGCCUCAGGAGGACAUUGUAUUGCAGGGAGGAUGUGCAGGAAUUAUUUCUUUCUUAUUAUCAAGAGAAGAAGACAGGUGCCCAGCCAAGUGAGCUGCGACCGAGCAAGGCUCUAAAGCCGGUGAUGACUGCCAGAAGAACUAAUUUUGUACAAAUCUGAUCCCUUUAUUCAUGAAGGUAGAAGUGACGAGUACUCUAAUGGCUACUCUUAUUCAGUUAUUCAGGAUACAUUCCAGUCUCGCGCUUCUGGCAUGCACCACAACUGUUUGGUUAAUGCUUGGGAUGAAGAGGUUGGCAAGGGUGGAGCCAAUGGCAAGGGUGGGUAGCAGGCAAGCGAUGUGCCGGUUGAUCUGCUUGUAUCAGGUUGUGCCCUUGCCACUCCUAAAGGCUCUACUGUUUGCAGGACCCACUGCUUUCUCACUUGAACAGAACACAUGGCUGAGUUUGGGUCAAGCACUAGAUCAUUUUGCUAAUUAUAAAAUUAGCUUAGAAAGCAUGACUUUGAAUUCACAUCCUUUGCAAUCCUAAGAAACUGGCAUUUAUCCUCCAUGGCCAAUAAUCUGGUUAAUGAUGCAGGUUAUUCAUCCCACUCACGAUGAGAUGUUCCACUUAACUCAGGAGCAUAAGAGAAAGUUGUUUCAAUUGCAGGUUAUUCAUCCCACUCACAUGGCUGCAGUGUUGUUUCAAUUGCAAAGCAAUAUUGAUAAGAAAAUACAUGGCAGAUUUAUAAACUUCAAGCUAAAAAAUAUUUCUUGUGUUGUUUGUCGCUGAAUUAUAUUACUACUAGACUACUAGAUUCUUCUAUUUUUCCUUCAUAGGCUUACUGAGGACAGUUCAGUAAUAGAACAUGCCUGGUAUGAUAAGAAUUUUUUUUGGUGAUUUAAGUAGCUGAACUUUUAUAUUUUAAUCAUCAAAACUACUGCACACGGUUUCUUAGUAUAAAUGAAACUCUAAUUUAUUUAUAGAAAAAUUCAGGCAUUGAACCCAGUCUAUUUAAGGUUCAAGCAUUUAUAGAAAAACUACUACACCUGAAUUAAGGUUCAGGGGACACACUUUGCUAAUGUGCAGAUUCAUAGCAAGGUUGUGAAAUAUGUAAUUUUAAACCCAGUCUGUUUAAAUCAAGUUCUCCCAAUUAUUUACAUGGAUUAUUUUCCUGCCCCUAUAUUUCAUAAUCUUACCCUAUUGUCAAAGAGGUCUACCGUCUAAUAGAGCAAUAUUUUUCAGAUAUCAUGGCAAGGAGGGGCCAAGGUUUGGUGCUACGCCAGAACAUCAUAUUAGAUUGUAAUUUCACUAUUUCUGUGAGAUCAUGUAGUGUGAUGUGAGAAAUGUCUUCUUCAUCCAUUGCCAUGGAUGGAUGGCAGACCAAAUGGCAGUACUCGUGGGGUUGUAGCACUUUUAUAAUGUUCUAUCCAAUUCAAGCUUUUAAAUUUAUAACUUUGUGAGAAACCAAACUACCGAGUUGUACUCACAUUUUCUUAUCCCAAAGAAGGAACCAAGUUGAACAAGGUUCCUCUUCUCUGUCACUUAAA